CAAUGGCAAAGAUUCGUUUGUCGAACGUGCAACGCGCGCGAUCAAGACUUUUGCUCCGGCUGCUGCUGCUGCCAAUAGAUACUUAAGGCAGGCUACAAAACAAACGUUAGCCAUGUGUUUAAUGCAGUAAUCCGUUUUUGCGAGCAUUUUUUGUCAAGGAAAGCGAAACAAAACAUCGCAGUGACUGUGAAAGUAAUAAAAAACAACAGCAACUACAACAGCAACAGGCAACUGCAAAAGAUAUUCAAUUACUAGUCCGUUGCAGCAACGACACAAAAUGAGAAUUCAAAUAUUGGCUCUAACACUUUUGCUGGGCCUCGUCGUCGCCGGCCAAGCACUCGAUGCCAAAGCCAAGAGCGAAGACAGCAGCUCCGCGCAGCUGGAAACGGAAGCGACCAAAGACAAGCGACAGGUGAGCAGCAAGGAGACGCCCAUCUAUCCGAAUCAUCGCAGUUCGGCUGCUGAAGCAGCCGCUGACGAUCCCGAGGAUGGGCAGGAGUCGAUCUACGGCAGCAAACCGAACCAGUUCAUCAUACGCCCCAUUGCACCGCAUCAGCAUCAGCAGCACGAGUCGCAUCAGGAGCCGCAGUUGCGUAACUUUGCGGCGGCCAACUCGCGCCCGCACGCUGCUCAGCUGCUCGAGCAGAGCCAAGAGCUGCAGCACUACGUCUAUCUGCAAGAUAUACAGCGACACCAGCCCAAGGCACUGGCAUCUGGGACUCAAGGUAAGACAGCGACACAGUCUCCCAAGAAGGCAACGCCCGUCGCCGAGGAACAGGAGCAGGAGCAGGAGGCGGAGCAGCGUUAUGCCGUCUCCAUACAACCGCAGCCGGGCUUGAGGGGCGGGCCCUACGCACAGCCAGCAUAUCAACUGCCCUUGCCGCUGCCUGCACCCCACCAUCAGCAUCAGCAACAGCAGCAACAUCCGCAACAACAACAACAGCAGCAACAAUAUCAAAUCAUACCCGAAGAGCAGUUCUUGAAAAUACUCGAAGAGGAGCUGCAAGCAAGAGCUUACCAUGAGCAACUACGUCAGCAGCAACAACAGCAACAUCAGCAGCAGCAGCAACAACAACAGCAACAUCAGCAGCAACAGCAACAUCAGCUGCAACAGCAACAACAGCGCCAGCCUCCACCUCAGCCCAAACUGUUGCCAGUACACAGCACCGCAGCCACACACAAGGUGCUGCAGCAGGCAGAGCCCAUCUUGGGCCUGGGUGGCUAUCGGGAGCGCUAUGUGGCCGAGCAGCAGCUGGUGCAGCCCAACUACUCGCGCGGCGGACCCAAGUACUUGCCCUUGCCGCAGUCACAGGAGGAGGAGGAGUCGCAGGCGCCUCUGCCACAGCAGCGCCACCCACCACAGCAGCAGCGCCUCAUCGCUGCCCUGCCCCCGCAGAUUGCCUACUAUCAGCCACAGAUUAGCUACAAGACGCUGCCCAAUCAUCCGCUGGCCAAAUCAUCGCUAGAGAGCGAAAUCGAGAAGCUGCUGGCCGCCAACAAACCAGGUUCGGGUCAACAGGCGUUGGCCUACGUGGACAGCAGCAAUGAGCCCACGCUGGUGAAUCAUCAGCAACAUGUGACACGGCUGCCCCCUCCACAGCAUCCACCGGCACCCACUUCGCACCCGGCACUGCGCCAGCCCAAGGCCUAUUUGGCCAGCACUCCCAACUCUCUGCUGGAUGCCAACAAUCAGCCUUUCGUGCCGUCACUCUUCAAGUUCAGCAACUUCCAGCAACCGACGCCCACUUACCCUGGCCCGCAGCCCGAGGGCAAACGAUUGGGGCCUGUUAUUUAUCCAACGGGCGCGCCUGCUCAGCCACAGCCCUCGCAGUACUACUACCAGGAGGCGUCGCCCACUCCAGUGCCCAAGCCCAAACACUAUCGCACUAAGCAAUACAAGCUGCCCACACCCUCACCUACCAAGUCCUAUGAGAAGGCGCUGCUCUAUGCCGACUAUGCUGAACGUGCCCCGCCUUCAAGUCCAGCACCCACUAACGCCCACUUCUAUCCCAGUCCGCCUGAUCCCAUCAAGCAUGUCUCCCAUGGCCAACAACGUGCUGUUGUGCCCACUGUGCAGCCCAUUGACUAUCCCGCUCAUCCGUCGCCCUCACAGUCCAGCAUCUAUGUUUCCCAGGGCACUGGCAUAGCCACGCCCUCCCGUGUCACGCCCACAGCCGCUGCAGUGCACAAGCUGCGAACCCUGGACGAGGUGAAGCAGCUGAACCUGCCCCCACCCAAUGGCAAGCCACUCACCCAGGCCGAGUUCCAGGCCCUCGUCGAAGCUGGCUAUCCAGUCAAGGCAGUGCCCGUCCCUGUGCCCGUGCCCUAUGAGCAGUACGUCAAGGAUCAUCCCGAGUAUCGUAACCAUCCGCCAGUAGACUAUGCGCAUCUGAUGCGCCUGGCCACUCGCCAACUCACAGCCCAUCAGCAUCAGCAUCAGCAUCAACUGGCCCAUCAGCGCGCAGCGCCUUCAGAGCCGUCGGUGAAGAUCCUCUCCUCGCCCUCUUCCGCCGAGGCGCAACAGCAGACGGCGACGGGCAUUGGAGGCGGCAGCGUCACGUAUUUGCAGCGAAGGCCGCGCGACGAACAGGACACUGCUGUCGCUGGCAGCGAGACGAAGGCAACGGCACCCGCUGAGCCAGUGGAGAAGUCCACAUAAGACGCGAUCCUUUAGUUAAUCUCACUCACCCUUUGCCUAGUUUUAAGUAUUGUAAAAAUGUUUCUGCAUGUUCA